AUGCAGCAGGAAACUCAACGUGCUGCGCAAAAGCCCCAGUCUCAAUUUGAGCAAGGCCACAGGGUUGCUAUCCAACACCUUGAAAAGCCUGGCCGACAGCAGGAACUUGCAGACCCAAAGCCAACAAAUACCCAGCUUCCGACAGAAGACAAUGGAUACCAAACGUAUAAAGCGGCUGGUAAGCUGGCUGGGAAAAGGGCAAUUAUCACUGGUGGUGAUUCAGGCAUCGGCCGCGCGACUGCAAUACUUUACGCAAUGGAAGGCGCCUCUAGCUUGAUCACAUACUUGCCCGAAGAAGAGUCAGAUGGUAGGGAGACUGUUCGACGUGUCGAGGAGUACGGUCAGAAAUGCUAUACAAUCGCAUUAGAUCUGCGCGAAAGGAGCAACUGCAAGAAAGUUAAUAUGAUCGAGGACAUUAAAGAUUUGACAGAGGACCAAUGGGAAGAAACAUUCGCCACAAACAUCGACUCGGUUUUCUACCUCUCAAAGUACACUCUGCCGCACCUCAAGAACGGCUCCUCUAUCAUCAACUGCGCCUCUAUAAACGCUUAUAUUGGACGACCGGACCUUCUUGAUUACACAUCAACCAAGGGUGCACUCAUCUCGUUCACUCGAGGUCUGUCGAAUCAACAGAUCAAGAAUGGCAUUCGGGUUAACGCCGUGUGUCCUGGACCUGUGUGGACUCCUCUGAUCCCCGCAACUAUGAAUACUUCUGCCCAGGAGCAAUUCACUUCUCCAAUGGGUCGGCCAGGUCAACCUAGUGAAAUUGCCACCUGUUUUGUGUUUCUUGCGAGCCAGGAUAGUAGUCUCAUCUCUGGACAGAGUCUUCAUCCGAAUGGUGGUAUCGUCGUCAAUGGCUAA